CACCCCUUGAAAACACCGACGCCCACGCCCAGCCCGCCAGACCAGAACCCUGUCGACCAACUCCAUUCAAUCCUUUAGUGGUUCUCUGAAUUCCUACCCUAUACACUCUUUUGACUAACACGAGCACUUCUUUACAUACCCUAAUAACCCCAUAAUCGAAAACAUAAACGACAAAAACCAGAACCAUGAAACUCUCCACCCUGCUGCUCAUCACGCCGCUCGCGCUCGCCAUUCCCUUCACGCCUCACUCAGCGCAACUCCACGAUGACCCGGACACGGAUGCGUUAACCCAGACCCAGGACCAGGGUGAGGGUCAAGGCCAGGGCCACGCCCAAGCCCAAGACCAAGGCGAAGCCGUCAAGAACCACGUCCUGCAGAACAUGCGGCCGCAGACGCAAACCCAAACCCACCAGACACAUUCUGCCCCGACCAGCACACGCACCAGCACCAGAACCAAGCCCGCAACACCGGACCAUACCACCAGCACCACCAGCCCAGAAGCAGAAGCAGAAGCACAAGACAUCGACCCCAGCCCCAGCUCCGAGGACGAGGACGACAAGAACAAAUCCACAGAUAACCCCAACCCAACCACCACUACAGACAAACCCAACCCCAACCCCAACCCCAAGACCAACACCCGCCCCGACGACACCGACAACAACAACAACAACAACAACAACAACAAAGACGAAGACCCCCCCUCAGCCCUAGCCACCGCCAUCGCCCUCAUCCCCAACCCCAACGCCACCCAGAAUCCCGGCACCACCCAGACCUGCCCCACCGGCCGCCCCUCCAAGCAGUGCUGCCAGAGCAUCGAGGCCGUUGCCGACUCCGUCCUGCAGCCCCUCGGCGAGCUCGUUCCCUACCUGUCCGGCGUCGACGUCUCCAGUCUUCUCGCUUUGGAGUGCACCGGAAUGGCCAAUACCGACCCAAACGCCAGCUGCUUCGACUCCGUCAUGUGCUGCGAGGGCGUCCCCGGGAAAACAACAUCCCAACAGACCCUCAAAACAGCCUGCACGACCUGGGACCAGGCCAUGGUCGACAAGGCGGACGAUGACGCUGCGGACGCUGCUGCUGCUGCUGCUGCUGCUUCUUCUUCUUCUUCUUCUUCGCCCGCUCCGUUGCCGAGUGCGUCGCCGGCGCCGGCGAAGAGGGCGCGGGGCCUGCCUGCGUUGCCUGUCCCUGCGUUGCCGGAGCUGGAUCUGGGGCUGGGCGAGCUGCUGGAGGGGGGGGCGGGGGUGUUCGGGCGGAAGGGGAGUGUUGUUGGGUUGGGCGGGGGGGAUAAUUAG